AUGGCUUCCUGGCGAGGAAUGACUCACGCUGAUAUCGAGGGCGUCUUGCGCGUUGCGUCCGAGAUCCAUCCCGACCUCCAAGAGAGCGCCGCUGUCUUCGCUGAGCGCCUUUCGAUAUUUCCCGACGGCUGCCUGGUCCUAGCCCAAGGAGACGACAUUUGUGGCUACGCCGUUUCGCACCCUAUCCGCGCAGGCCACCCGCCGGCUCUGGAUCAUCAGAUCAGGGAGAUCGCACCCGACGCAGACCAGUAUUACAUCCACGAUCUGGCUGUUCUGCCUCGCGUUCGGACCCGCGGCCUUGGCGCACAGUGCAUUGAGAAACUCCUCAUCGUGGCUGACAGGUAUCAAACAACUUGCCUCAUCUCGGUGUACAACUCGGCAUCUUUCUGGCGGAGGUUUGGGUUCGUUCCUGAGCCGACUGAUACAGCUCUGUCAGCCAAGAUACGAGGAUACGGGCAAGAUGCUGUAUAUCUGGUCCGACGGAACAUUUAG